UGGAGAGAGAGCAGCCACAGAAGGAGAAGGAGGUGUGGUGAGGGAGGAGAAGGAUUAGGAGGAGGCGGGGGGAUGGAAUAGGAGAAGGGGCAGGAAGAGGAAGCGGAGGGACAGAGGCAGAUCAAGGCUGAGCAGCAGGAAGCACGCGGUGGAGCCCUCCGUGCAUUCACAGCCCCCACCUGUGGGAUCAUCGCCCCCCAUGGCGCAGGAUUUCCCAUUGCCACUUCUUGUGAGGCUGUGAGGAAGAUGUCCCUGGACACUGAGGCAGAGCAGGAGCUGAGGAUGGAGAGCAGGGAGGACAAAUCCCCGCGGCAGAACCUCAUGGCAGAGGCCAUUUUGAGCCGCUCCACAGCGCAGGAACCCAACGGGGAGGAAAAGCCCCGGAGAUGCCGCACGAGGAGGGGCUGCAAACACAGAUCACGGGGAUCUGAGGGGGAAAGAGCCAGCCUGGGCCGGGAAGGCGGCCGGAGAUGGAGCCAGAGCUCGGAGCUGGUGGUCCACAAGGAGGUUCCUGAUGGGGAGAAGCCCCACAAGUGCUUGGAGUGUGGGAGGGGCUUCCAGAUAAGCUCCAACCUGAUCCAGCACCAGAGAACCCACACUGGGGAACGGCCCUACGAGUGUGAUCAGUGCAGGAAGAGGUUUCAGACCAGCUCAAAUCUCCUCGUGCACCAGCGCACGCACACAGAGGAGAGGCCCUUCCGUUGCCCUGACUGCGGGCAGGGCUUCAGGCAGAGCUCCCAUCUUGUCCGGCACCGGCGCAUCCACACUGGGGAGAGGCCCCAUGAGUGUGAGGAAUGUGGGAAGAGCUUCAGGGAGAGCUCCACCCUGAUCCAGCACCAGAGGACCCACACUGGGGAACGGCCCUACGAGUGUGGGGAGUGUGGGAAGAGAUUCGGACAUUGCGCCAACCUCCUUGUCCACCAAAAGAUCCACACUGGGGAGAGGCCCUACGAGUGUUCUGAGUGUGGGAAGGGGUUUAGGAUUAGCUCUGAUCUCCUCCAGCACUAUCGGAUUCACAUGGAGGAGAGGCCCUUCUGCUGCCCCGACUGUGGGCAGGGAUUCAAGCGCAACUCCAACCUCGUCACCCACCGGCGCAUCCACACUGGGGAGAGGCCCUACGAGUGUCCCCAGUGUGGGAAGAGCUUCUCACAGCGCUCUCACUUGACCAGACACCAACGGAGGCACUGGUGAGGGAAGCCCUGCGAGUGCCCCGAGUGCGGGAAGAGCUUCGUGUGCUGCUCCAGCUCCAUCCCCCACUGCAGGACCCACGCUGGGCACAGCCCUGGUGACCCACAUUUCCUGUGAUCCAUGGUGGGAACACAUCUGGCUGCUCCUCCUUUUGGUUUGGCCUUAAUGUUUUUUUUCUCUUCUCAAUCUUUGCAGUCCAAAAGCCAAGUGGGAUGGGUCUGUUACUUCAGAAUAACUCAGCCCCACUGAAAACAACUCAAUUGUUGAAUGAAGGCUCAAUAGCACCAGGGAUUUGCUUCUUCCCACCUCAAAAAACUCAAUCCCACAACCAAGUCACUCGACUCCAAAGCCACCAGGCUGACAUGGGGUUAGAAUGACACUGGGAGAAGUGGGAUCCCAGUUUAGUGAGGAGGUACGGGGAUUGCAUGGGGCUGGGUGUGUGAGAUGUAUUUGAUAGCAAAUAAAACUUUCAGACUUACUGCUUUCUUCCCGUCCAUGCUCAGUCCCUUGCAGUUCUGUUUGCAGAGUGCCGCCUCCCAGAGUGUCCCCUCACAGUUGCCGCCCUUGGCCUGAGCCCGCCCCUUUCCCCUCACCGUUCCGUCCUUUCCUUGCCCCCUUUCCCCUCACGGUUCCGUCCUUUCCUUGCCCCCUUUCCCCUCACGGUUCCCGCCCUUUCCUUGCCCCCUUUCCCCUCACGGUUCCGCCCUUUCCUUGCCCCCUUUCCCCUCACGGUUCCGUCCUUUCCUUGCCCCCUUUCCCCUCACAGUUCCCACCCU